UAUCUAGUGUGGUUUGACGUCUGGAAUUAAAGUAGGUUGCAAAAUGGCUUUUCGGAAUCCGAGUGGACCACCGCCAGGUGCAGUAGGUUAUGGGAUGUUGCCAUAUCAUCAGCAGAUGUAUAUGCCAGGUAACAUGAACAUUGGUUUACCUGGCCAGCAGCAGCAACCUAGACCAGGUGGAGGGCAGUACAUCCAACAACGUCCAUCCUACCCUGGUGUGACACCCCAGAGAUAUCCCAUGAUGCAACAGGGAAUGACUUCACAGCAAGGACCAUUUCAACCUCAGAUGUUCCCGGGUCAGCAGCAUCAGCAGCAUGGUGUUAACAUGCAGCAACCAAUGGCCUAUCAACAACAGCAACAGGUGUUUACAGGUCAACCACAGCAGAUGGCACCUCAUAUACAACAGCAAAUAGCUCCUCAAUCAAGUCACCACACGAAGGCAGCUGCGCGGCAGCAGAAGACGGAAGAACAAGCAAAGAAGGAACGAUACUUUCAGGAACAGCAGCGGAAACUGAAACAGCUGGGCAAAGUUGGAGGCAAAGCAGCAUCAGUGGAUUCAUUGAGCAUCAACCUCAACCUCGAUGAGAUGUUUGGUAAAGGAACUGGAGGGAAAGCAGGAAAGGAGGUGGGGCAAGUCAAAUCAGGAGGAGGAGCUGUAGGUGGGAGUCCACUGCCUACAACUGAGACAGCAGAGGAUGAUGGUUUUGGGGACUUUCUUCAAGGUCCUACACCCCCAGCGAACACCCCGCAGACCCCUGAGUCUGGCCUCCUGGAACCCAUAGGUCAACAGUCGUCGCUAGGCCAGGCUCAACCUGUAACCGAAGAUGAAGGUUUUGGUGGAUUCCAGCAAGGACCGGGAAAUGAGUCGUCAACCAAGCCAUCAAAGCAAGGAAACAAAGGCCUUUCACUGGAAAGCAUGAUGUUAGAUUCAGCAGAUUUGACAGCACCAAGUAAAUCUACCAAAGCUUUCCAUCAGAAGAAACCACUCCGUGAGGCUGAGCCUGUGACACAAGCCCAUCAUCAACAGACAUUCACCAAAGGCAAACCUUGGUCCAGCGCAGAGAAUGUCACCUCACUAUUCGCCAUGCCAGAACCCCCUAGUCAGAGUGGAAGUGGCCUGGCUGAGCAUGGACAGGCAUUGAAAGCAGGCAGUUCCAUUGUGGCUUUGCAGGGUGGUGAAGGAAAGGGUGUGCCUGUCUGGUGUAUGAAUGAGACCAACCUCCCUCUACUGUACCAUCAAGUCCUUGAGGCUUCAAUCAAAGAUGAUAGGAUUGAGACCAACCUGCUGUAUUCUAUCCUAAUGCUUUCCGGUUUGGACAAGCCGGUACUUGGACGCAUUUGGGAAAUGGCUAAUCAAACCAUUCCUGGACAGUUGACUCGUCUGGAAUUGUACAUUGUACUUGGUCUGAUUGCUCUUGUACAGAAAGGACAGCAACCUUCCAUCGAAGCACUUCAUCACUUUAGAGAAGCACCUCUUCCUGUAUUGACACCAAAGGGACAGUCAGGACACCAGACCAGCCAACAGUCUCUUUCUCAGCCGUCUAGUCAUCCACCAACCUCUAACAUGGAAAUGGGUAGGAUGGAAGAUGACUUUGCUCCAUUCCAAGAAGCAGUAGGAUCCAAACCCAGCAAAUCAAGUUCCUCAAGCAGCCAGUCAGAUCAUGAUCAUUCUCGGAGCAAACCCACCUUUGGCUCUCCUCUCUCCUCUGACAAACUCCAACCUACUGAUGAGGAUUUCAAGAAUGACGAAUUCAGCAUGGAUUCCACUCUGAAGUUCCCCAAGGAAGAGGAGAACUGCUAUAUCUUUGCUGGUUCCCCCGCGGACUCCUCUAGUGGUAGGAGCUCUCCGCUAGUGUGGGACGCCAACUCCAUUUAUGAUAAGCUCACAUGUCGCUCGCAGGAGUCCAUCUCCUCGGGGUCUUUGUCAGAUCGGACACCAGGUGAAGAUGAGGAAGAUGAUUUCCAUGACUUUAAGUCAGCUCCUAAGCCAGCUAAGACCCCUAGCUCUACCCCUUUUACCUCCUUCCCAUCCAUUGCUCCUCCAAAGAGUGACAGUAGCAGCAGGCUGUCUUCUGUCAGCUCUGCUGCUUCCAAACAGAGCAAGUUUGCAACCUCAGGCAUGCAUUCAUUUGAUUCUGUCAGUCACCGCAAAGGAGCGGUCUUGUCCAAGGGUGACCAGCACAAGAUUGACCUCUUCCACAUGGAUUUUGAGAAGGUUUUUCCCAAGGUGGGUAGGAAGAUGGCUAGCACGGAUGAUUUUGGCAGCUUCCAGACAGGGCCCAGUGGGAUGGGUGGAGCAGUGAAAGCCAAAGAGGAUGAGGAGUUUGGAGACUUUACCCACUUCAAGCACUCUGCUUCAGAGUCUGAUUUGAUGGGAAUGCAGCCCACUGAAGUUGACAAGUAUGCAGUAUUUCGGGAGCUGACUGUCACUGAGCCACAAAGUACAGACACCAAGACAGCCAUGACUGGGGAUGAUUUUGACGAUUUCAAGCAAGCAGAGCCUCCAAAGGAAACAGCUCCAAUUACCUCCUCUGACUCUCUCACAGACUUCAGAGAAACCUCUCAACCUGCACCGGAAUUCACAGCCAACUUUGAGGGUGCAUAUCCUUCCAUGAAACCCACCCCUCCCACCACGGUCUUUGAACCCUCUCCUGCACUUCCUAAGAUCAAUCUCAGUCCUAGCCUUCCAGAAGAGGAUGGGUUUGCUGACUUCAAACAGGCUAUGCCACCACCUCUUACAUGUAGCUCUGCAAAUCAGCGUGGAGAUGCCUUUAGUCUGAAGGCUGAUUCUGUGAGUACAAGCUCCUCUGAGGAUAAGUAUAGCGUCUUCAAAGUCCUAGGAGGUGCUGAUGAUCGGGAACCUCCUGAUAAUGAUUUCGGUGAUUUCCAGACCAACCCACCUCCCGUAGUCAUGGACUCACUUUCCGUAGGUCAAUUUGGCAGUAAACCUGAUGAUGAAAACAGAGGCAACUUACAGAAACCAGUCUCUGCCAGUGACCUGUAUGGCAUGGAGUUUGAUGCUCUUGGAUCAGUCAACAAUGGCUCAGUUGCCAUGUUGAAUCUUGAAGAUGCAGGAGACUACGAACCAAGUGAUGAGAUUGAAGUUACGCCCACUGAACCUCCAUUCUCCACCUAUCCCAACUCAUUCCAGUCCUCACAGAAUAGUAAGCUUUCCAAGAUAGAGUCUAUUGACAGGCUUGAUUUGAAGACCCUUGACCUUGAUUUGACCUUAGGGAGGUCAGUGGAGAUGAAUAGCAAAGAUAGAGCUGAUUCUUUUGGAGAUUUCAGCAGUGCUCCAAUGGAUGUUACCAUGCCAGUUGAGAAUAUUGACCAAGUCAUGCAACAAGAUUCCACUACCUCAUCAGGAACUGUUGCUGUCUCCCAGACGUUCUCCUCAAUUCCCCUUGUCCCUAGCGGAUCCAGUUUGAUUGGAGAUAGAUAUGCUGAGGUGGUUGGUAAUAUUGAUGAUGAGAAUCGCCAUGCCAACGAGUGGCAGCGUUGCUUAGAGAAAUGUCACGAAGCAGUUAAGAAAGCCAAUAAUAUUUUCAACAAUAUCAGCAGUUCAUCCGUGUGCAACGAAGUCAUCAAAUCAUCAGAGGGAGCUGAGUAUCUCACAGCUGUGAUUGAAAUUUACCGUGUGGCUUGCCGGAUAUUGACCUCCAUGAAUGCAAUGGGUGUGGAUACCCCUGAGCUUCAAAGGCUUCAGAAGGACAUUGAGUUGGUGUGGACCAACUUAUCAGCAUUCCUAGCAUCCAGUACGCUCAUGCCUGCACCAGGUUCAUUUGUCUUCAAGAUGGCCAUUUUGCGACCUGAACCCACCAACACUGACCGAGCUUGUGGGGUGUGUCUCCUUAACGUCGACUCUCGCAGCAAGGCAUUUGACCGUUCCAAAGACAGCCACAAGCUUGCCUAUGGGGGUAGGCGGUACCAUGCUACAUGUGCCAACCUUUGGGUCAACAUGGUAGAUUCCAUUCUACCAGCUCUCCCACUUAACAGAUUGCUGUGAGGAUUCAACCAUUCUGCAACAAAAGGGAGGUUUGUCAAGGUAAUUAAUUUUGUUACUUGCCAAUAUUACCAAAUGUGAUAUGAAAUUUAAGGAUUUUCUCAACGCAGUUCCUGCAGUGUUCAUGUUUCAACCUUCAGUUUACUUGUAACUCGCUUCUGCCAUCAAAUUGGGUUGGUCUACAAAUUAAAAAUCAUAUUAGAAUUAAAAAUCAGUUCCUUUUGAGUGGCUCAGGUUUUGCGUCAACUAUUUUUCAUUUGAGUUUUGUCAGUCAUAAAGAAGCACAUUGGUCUCUUGAAGUCGUUAUACACAUGUGUUUCUCUUAUAUGAUUUACUCAUACUUUUACCUUUUCAUAAAAUGCACCUGUUGUGUUGAACUUUUUGGAAAAAUGCGUACUUGGGAAAUUUUCAUGAGUCGAAUGCUUCAGAUUUUUGGUUAAAAAAGUCCUUCUUGCUCCUAUUUAAAGGAAGCUUUUAUUUUCACAAGGGGGCUUUGAUUUUAUUGUAUAGAAUAAUACAACCUAGAAAUCAACACAUGAAUCAGUUAAUUAAUUCACUGUUAGCUGUUGUCCCUCCUUCGCUUAACAAAUCUUAAGAUUUUCUGAAGAUUUUUAGAUAAGAGGGUUGUUCACAGGUCACUAUUGCAGGCACAAAGUUCAUUUUAUUAUAUUGAUAUAAUGUUGGAUGAAAGUUCACACAAUACCACUCCAAAAUCAAUAUUGCCAGUAAUCACAUUAUGUAAUAAGAUAUUUAACAGUACCCUAUGGCAUGCAGUUUUUAUGUACCAGAGGCUGUGUAAUAAUUUAUUACUGCUAUUAUUUAGGGCACGCAUUUUAAUUUUCGAUGAAAACAAAUGUGAAAUCAUUGUGAAGAUGAGGGUUGGUUUGGGUUUAAAGCAGACCUGAUGACCAGAUGAAUUUCUUAUCAGUUUUUGGUUAAGAAAGUGUCUGGUGUUGAUUUUCAUUUUGAUCUUCAACCCCUGUUGAGCCUCAACCAAAGUUAUUCUCUGUUAGUAUUAUGUAAUCACUUAGUUAAUUCUCCCAUAAUAUCAGACCAAAGGUAUAUACCAAGUUAGAAAUUUACAUAUACGUGUAGUGUGAUUUGGCUACCAAAACUAGAAGCCAUAACUCUCAUGGACAGGUGAUGUGUUUGACCAGUAGUAUGUCAUGACUUGCCACGCGCUUUGGGCUUUGUGUGAGUGCAGUGCCACAGCAGUAAUGACAUCUCCUUGGAUUAGUCAAUAUAUAACUAGACCUCAGACAGCGAGUUGUAAGGUUUAAUUCUUUCCACUUUUUUUGUAAUAGCUUGAAUUGAAAUGAGCAAUGGAGCUCUUUGUUUUGAUGUAAGAUUCUUUGGAUGGCUUCUUUGUCAGCUUGUGACACUUGUUGUUAGGUUUGUCUCAUAAAAUGAGAUUUGCUUCACUCGGCACAGUCUGCAAUAUAUAGGGAGGUAAAUAAAAAAAGGAGGAUGCGUAAGAGCCCUGUCCACUAAGGAUGGCCCCCUGUAAUGGCAGAAUUACUCCAAGGAUGGCCCCCUGUAAUGGCAGAAUUACUCCAAGUAUUCUAUUAAAUUACAUGUAUUAGCACUUGAGUUUGUUUUAUUCUUCUAAAUAAUAACUAUAAUAACUAUUUGUACCAUAGAUCAAGGACCCUUUCUCUAUGUUGGCCAGUGAUUAUGUGCCAAGAUAUGUCUCAGUUGAGGGAUCUAUAUAAGUAUAAACUAUUCAAAACUUUGUAACCAAUCACUUAUUGUAACAGUGUCUGUAAGUUGUCAUUGAGUAUUGUUCCUGGUAUUGUAUGGUGUUUUCCAUGUACUUGUAUGUCUUUUGAUGUGAGUGGCUUUGCUGAUCUGCUGUCCUGACUUACAGUGAAAUAAUUGUGCUUAAUACACGUAAAAAGCUGCUUUUUUCCGGCAGAGAUUUUGAUGAGGUAAAGAGGUAGACAAGAGGCCUCUGUACUGAUGAAGUCACACUUUACUUGACAUACAUACUUUCCUCUGGAGCCAAUGGGGGCACACAGUCCACUGAAUACCAUAGGAAAGUAUAUACACAAAAUAUUGUGUCAUCAGUACGGAGGCCUACUAUGGCCAUCUAUUUGGUACUAUAUGUUUUCUGUGCAAUAGUAGAUGCGAUGUGUAUAUAAUGGUAUGCUUCACCAGAUGGAGACAGUACUCACUAUGUUGUACAUUGUAUUAUAGCUGAGAUUGUGUAAACAUCUAUGCCAAAUUGUGACAGAAUAAAAAGUAAUAGUUGACCAUUAUUGGAA